AUGGACAGCUUUUAUAUCUAUAUGAUUUUGCUCCUUGUGAUCUACUUUAAGAAAAUAUUAUCUUAUUAUUUAGAUACCUCAACAUCAGCCUAAAACUUGACUUGCCAAAGUCUUACAAAAGUUUAUCGAUCUCCAACAACUGGGACCCCAAGGGUUAUGGAAUUCAAAAUAAAUACUGCUUAUGGUUAUAAUAAACUACUUUAUACACUCGAUUUACAUGUUGAAAAGAGUUUUAAUUCAAAAUUAAGCUUUAUUGAAAGUGGCAAGAUUAUACAGGAAUAUGAGGGUACUUCAUACUCCUUUUUCUCUGGAAAUUUGUGUUCUUUUGCAAGUUUGAAAACAUUUAUUCAUUUUACAUCGACUACAUAAAUGAAUGAAUAAUAAGCAACUUUAUUAAUUAAGAUAGAUAGUGCAACUACAUUUUGGAUUAAAAAUUUAAAGAUUUAUGCAGAGAGAUGUUCAUAACAUUGUAAAAUAUGCUCUGAUUCUUCAUCUUGCUUAGAGUGCUUGCCUGAUUUUGAAUUAAAUUCCAUUCGAUAAUGUAUAUGUAAGGAAUAAUUCCUAACAUAUUUCCAAGGAUAAUGCAUAACUUAAUGUCCUGUAAAUUAUAUUUUUGAUGGCUUUACAUGUAUAUAAUACGCUCAAUUAAUAAAUUUAUUGUAUGAUGACACGGCAUCUAAAUUCACAUUGCAACCUGAUUACAAUACAACUCAAAGAGUAUGCUAAACUACUUUAGGUGGCAAAUUUGUGGCAGGCCUAUUUAUUUAGAAUGAAGCUAUUGAAUAUAAGAUUAAUUAACCAGUAGGAACUGCAACCAACAUAUUAUUGGAAGCUGAAAUUUAUGUUUUAAAUUAUAUAACUAAUAUGCAGCAACGAUUAUCUAUUAAGUUGAAUAAUAAUGUGAUAGGACACUACUUAAUUAUAGAGAAUGGCAAUUUUAUGAAUAUAUAAAUUGUAGGAGCAGCAAAACAACAUUCAUGUAGUAUAAUUGGAUUUACGUCUUGUAUAAAGUUUAUUGUAUUAUUAAACGUUGAAAAUAUCUCUGAUCUGUCCCUUAUAUCCAUAUCGAUUAAUUUACCAUUGGAAAUAAAGGACAUCAGUUGGGCAUUAUCCUAUAUUAAAGUCAAUGCAAUCACACCUCUUCCAAUUAUUUGCCCUUUGAAAAACUAUAAGAAUGAAUGUGUUGAUAAAUGUCCAAUACAUACAAGAACUUCAGGAAAUGAGUGCAUAAGUAUUCUUAAUGAUUACAAAUUUGCCAAAAUCUUAAGAAUUGAAUUCACGGAUAGAUUUGCCAUAAAAUAAAACUUAGAUUUUGAUGAUCCCUGUGAUUAGAUAACUUAUUUUUAUCAUGCUUGCUACUUUUAUUAAAAUCAGUAUAUUUUAGGAGGUGAGGCCAUCUGGCAAAGUAAGUAAUUGAGAAUAGUCAAUACUAUGAUUUAAGCACAUUAUAAAAUUAAACUAUUUUUUAAGGCUAUUUUGAUAGAUCCUAUUAACAGUGAUUAAACUAUAAUUGUAAGUGUAGAUAAUCAAAAAUAUACUCUCAACAUGAAUUCACCAAAUUCCUAUUGCUUCAGUAGUGUAGCUACACCAGGUUGCAUAAUUCAAGAAGAUCUUGGUUAAACUAAUCCUGAUUAUUUAAUUAACUUUGAACAAGAAUUUGAUCAUUCAGCUUCACAACUUGAAAUUUUUCUAUACUGUAAUACAAAAUCACCUAGUAUCACAUAUUGUGGUCUAUAUGAUUUAGUAAUUCUGUUAGCAAAUUGUCCUCCUAAUUGUAAGCUUUGUUCAUCAGAUUCAAUUUGUUUAUAGCCGGAAUCAAAUAUUCAAGUAUUUUAUGAUUGUCCUAGUGAAGGUUAUUUCUACUCUGAGGGAUCUUGCAAAACGUGUUAGAAAUUUUGUAAAACCUGUAAUAGUUAAACUAAUUGUGUUGCUUGUCAGGAUAACUAUUUCUAAUAUGGAAAUAUUUGCAUCUGUAAAAUGAAUUCUAAAUAGGCUGAAAUUACAGAUUGUAUGAGUGAUAAUUGCCAUCCUUCAUGUUCGAUAUGCCAAAAUCAAAUCAAUUUGAAUACUGUUAGCCCAUAUAUCAAAUUAAACUAACUUUGUGCUUAUUGUGAUCAUAAUGAACAUAAAGUCUUGAAUAUUAAUGUCUGUGAAUGUUUCUAAGGAUAUUAUAUGGAUAGAUCAUUUAUACCAAGUAUUUGUUAAAGAUGUAAAGAAACAUGCAAAACAUGUUCAGAUGAAAAUACUUGUAUAACUUGCUUUCCCGAUUAAAAUAGACUUUAUUACAAUUAUAAUUGUCAAUGCAUAGAUGGUUAUUUUGAAACUGGAUUUAAUCCUAUUUGUAUAAAAUGUACAACUCUUUGUAAAUCCUGUCUAUAUAAAGAAGACCGCUGUAUUAAAUGCUAUACUGAAUAAUAUAGGAUAUUAUCUAAGGAAAAUACUUGUGUGUGUCAAAAUGGAUAUUACGAUAAUAAGGCAGAUGUUUGUUUAAAAUGCAGCAAUAAUUGUAAUAGUUGUUCAGAUUAUUCUAUUUGCACAUCAUGCGAUGAGCUUCAAUUUAGAGUAUUGAACUCACAAAUCAAAUAAUGCGUGUGUUAAGAAGGCUAUUAUGAUAACAAUGACUUAACCUGUUUACCAUGUUACUAUACAUGUAGUCGAUGCAAUAAUUCAAAUUUAAUCUCAUAAUGCACUCUUUGUCCAAAAACUAGGUAGAAAUCUGCAAACAAUCUUGAUUUUUUUGAGUGUAAAUGUAGAAAAGGAUAUUUUGAUAAUGGUUAUCUAGAAUGUUUAUCUUGUCAUCAUGUAAUCAAUCCCCCUAAUAUACACUAAUGCUAUUCCUUUUGCGGAGAUCAGAUUGUCCAAUGGAAUGAAGAAUGCGAUGAUGGUAACUAAGUUUCAAGAGAUGGUUGCGAUUAAUGUUUCAUUUAAAAUAACAACUGCAUUGAUAACAUCUGUUUAAAAUGUUAAUACAAUUAAUGUCUUUAAUGUAUAGAUGGAUAUUAUAUAAAUCAUGAUUUUGCAUGUAUUUAAUGUUCUGAAGAAUGUCAAACAUGUGAAUCAUAAUAAAAUAAUUGUAUAAAAUGCAGAUUUUCCAAUUCUAAUACUGAAGAAUGUUUAACUUGUUCUUAAGAACAUGGAUUUACCAAUAUUGAUAAUUAGUGUCUUAGCAUAUGUGGAGAUGGUAUUCGAACAUUCUAGGAAUUCUGUGAUGAUGGGAAUUUGUUGAAUGGAGAUGGUUGCAAUUAGUUUUGUAAUAUAGAGGAUGGAUAUGUUUGUGAAGUAGAAUGCUUAAAGAUCAACUAUAUUGAGAUUUUACUUUAAGAAGAUAGAUUAGACAAUAUUUAUGAUUCAAAAAGAACGAUCAAAUUGAAAUUCAAUCAAGAAAUCAAAAUUUCCACUAAUAGUUCAAUAACGAGUUUUGUUCAAAUUACUUCAAAUACUCCUCAUCUUAUAUUAACCAACAUAAGUAUUACUGACAAUUCAGAAUUUGAAAAUGGAUAUUAUAAUAUUGCUUUAGAUUUGGAUUUAGAAUUAGAUUCAUCAGCAAUUUCUCCAUCAAUUAAUGUUAUUAUUUAAAACCAUACUUUGAUAACUAAUCAACAGAAUUAAUCAUUUAAAACAAAUAGGGCAUCUAUAGAAUUAAUAGAUUUUAUUAAAUAGGAUCAAAUUGUAAUUUAAAAUACCAAAAAUCUAACUCAAAUGAGCUCUUAUUUCCUUUACAUUUUACUAGGAUUAGCAAUAUUAGCUAUGAUUUUUGGAGGCUUAGAUAUCUUUUGGAAUCUUUUGGAUACUUUAUAACUUAUUUGUUAUCUCAAGUAUUUUAAUAUUACUUACCCAUUCAACCUUUAGUAUUAUUUUACUAUUUUUGGAUUUGCUGAAUUUGAUUUUAUUAAGACUUAUUUUGAUUUUGAGUACUUGAUUACUAAAUAUGUGGAUACUCCAGAAAGUGAUCACAAAUUUUAUUAAGAAGGAUACUCUACAGUCUUUCUUUUAAAUAUCAUCUCUGUCAUUAUUGUCUUUAUUACAACAACUACUACGUUUAUUAUCAUCAAAAUUGUGUUAUAUUUUCUACAUAAAGCUACAAAAGACUUUUGCGAAGACAUUAUAAUGAUGGAAACUAAGUAAAUUAGUAUAUUUACAUUUCUAUUUUACAAAUUAACCAAUAGUUGUUAAAAAUACUUCUUGAAAAUUAUUUGUGAAUUUAAAAGUGCUCUCAUUAGGACUUUUAUGGCUUCAGCCUAUGAUUUAAAUUUAGCUAUUUUUUUGUAAUUUAAGGAUCUAAAUUUUUAAAAUCAUAUUCUUAAACUAAGUAGCAUUAGUGCUCUAAUUACAUUUUUCUUAGAAAUAUAUUUUAUCUAUUUAUGUUUUUAAUUGAUGAAUAAGGAUCUGGCAACAUUAAAAUUAAAAGAAACCUAAUAAAAUUAUGGAUCACUUUUUGAAGGAUUAAAAUUAGUUUAAAAUCAUUUCCACCAUUACUUCAACUUAUUCGUUGUUAUAAAGAAAGCAACCUUUAUGGCAAUUCUAGUUUUUCUAUAUGAUACUCCCUGUUUACAAAUUAGUCUGGUUUCUAUUUUAAACUUAUCAUAAGCAUUAUUGUUUUUGUAUAACAAACCCUUAGAAGAUCAAAAUGAACUUAUCAAAUAAAUUAUUUGUGAACUAAUCUUAUGGAUGUCAGUAAUGUUAAUUUUGGUAUAUGGAUUUAAUGAGUAGACUAAUAUUUUGGAUUCUCAUCAAAUCUCAAAUAUUGGUUGGAUGAUAAUCGGAUUUUUGUCCUUAAUACUAUUUCUAUAACUAAUCAUUGAUUGUAAGUAACAUUUUUAAUUCCUUGAUUAAAAAUAUUAAUUAUUCAAAAGGUUAAGAGUCUGGUAUAAUUAUUAUUUUUAGAAUAAUAAUAAUCAAUCUUCUUUGAAUACAGAACAUAGUCAAUUUUCCAUAGUAUUUAAUUAAAGAGCAAGACAGCAGACAAGUGCAGCAAAAAUCCAAACUUAAUCUAAUUAAGUAAUCUAAAGAAGAAUUAUCUCUUUUAAAUUAAGUUGA